AUGAGCUCCUAUUUCGUUAACUCGCUGUUCACUAAGUACAAACCCGAGGAUUGCGUGGAGCCGAACAGUUACUACGACUGCCGCUUCCCUCACGGGAUGAGCCGGAGCCCGGCUCUGAUGUACGGGCCCGCUCCCGGGACCGCUUUCCAACCUCUCUCGGGCCACGUCCAGGAUUUCUUCCACCCCGGCGGCCCCUCGCUCCCCGCCUCCGGUUACCAGCAAGGCCCGUGCGGACCGACUUGCCAAGGGGAGGCGGCUAAGUUCUACAGCUACGAUGCGCUGAGCAGGCAGAGCCCCUACGGCGGGGGGCAGGCGGACCCGGCGCCCAUUCUCCAGUACCCCGAGUGCAAGGCUGGGGUCCCCGCACCGGCGGCAGGAGGCGCCGGCAGUGAAGGAGCCGCCAACGUGAACCCCAGCCCAGCCGCCAGUCUCAUGUUCCCAUGGAUGAGACCUCAUGCCCCGGGCCGGCGCAGUGGACGCCAGACCUACAGCCGUUUCCAGACGCUGGAGCUGGAGAAAGAGUUCCUCUUCAACCCGUACCUGACCCGGAAGCGUCGGAUCGAGGUGUCCCACGCCCUGAGCCUGACCGAGCGCCAGGUCAAGAUCUGGUUCCAGAACCGGCGGAUGAAGUGGAAAAAGGAGAACAACAAGGAGCGCUUCCCCAACGCGCGGGAGGAGGAAGAGGAGGGAGGGGAGGAAUCGCAACCGGCGGGGGCGCCACCGGUUCGACCCCCGGAUCCGGGGGCGGCGGGGAGGGUGGAGGAAGAGGAAGAGGAGGAAGAGGAGGAGGAGGAGAAAGAGGAGGAGGAAGAGAAGGAGGCUGGGGAGAAGGACAAGGGGUGCACAAAUUAA